GAAGAGGCAGCGAACGGCUACCGUCAUGUUCCGCCGCCAUCCGACCAUCUGCUCGCCGGCAGCCUGCCGCAGUGAGCCGCCGCCGAAGAAGAGGCCGUCCAGUUCCGGCGGUUCCUGUGGUUUCGGCCGUUCCGGUGGUUCCGACCGUUCCGUUCCGUUUUUUGCCGUUAUAAUGUCCGAGAACGGCGUUCCAAAGCUAGUCACGUUAUUUACCGGAAUUUUGGAAGAGGCGUUCUCGUGCCGUUCCAGCCGUUCCCACUGAUCCAGCUUUUUUUCCGUGUUCUUUUUUAGGACUCCGACGGGCAUCUUACCAGAUACUAGUUCAUUCUAAAGAAAAUCGAGCAAUUAGAUAAACAGAAAAAUAAAAAUGAACCCAUUGACGCUGGCGAAGCGUACUCAGAAGAUUAAUUUGACUGAGGCGGCGCUAGGUAUUUCGGAUGGGGCCUCUUGGCAAACUAAGUACAAGGACUCUGCCUACAUCUUUAUUGGUGGCAUUGCCUUCGACCUCACGGAAGGCGACCUUCUCGCAGUAUUUGCACAGUAUGGAGAGGUUGUUGAUGUUAAUCUUGUGAGAGACAAGGCUACUGGUAAGUCGAAAGGUUUUGCCUUCCUUGCAUACGAAGAUCAAAGGAGUACAAUCCUGGCUGUAGAUAAUUUAAAUGGGGCUAAGAUCCUUGGUCGAAUUGUGAGAGUUGAUCAUGUUAGUAAUUAUAAGAAAAAGGAAGAAGAAGAGGAAGAUGAGCAGCGGCAAAAGAAGAGAGAGGCACGAGGUGUAUGUCGUGCCUUUCAAAGAGGUGAAUGCAAGUGGGGUGAUGCAUGCAAAUUUUCUCAUGAUGAACAGAGAUGUGCAAACACAGGAUGGGGAGCCAAGGACCGCGAGUCAAGAUGGAAUCAUGACAAAUAUGAUGAGCCUCCUAAGAGUCGAAAAAAUUUCUCACAACGGACGUCAGAUCAUAACGAGUAUCAUCACAAGGCAAGGGAGGGCGAUGACGAGGACAUACAUCACAGGAAGUCAGAGAGGGACAACUACUCAGAGAGGUGGAGAUUGAAAGGAGAUCAUGAGGAGAAGCGUCAUAGGCACGAGAGAGAAUGCUCCACCCACCACCGGAGUAGGGAAGAUGAAGAAUCUCAAAGGAGAACUCGCACAUAGGGAAUUAAACUUGUAGUAGUCCGCGAUCUACAUUUUAUGAUCCAUAUUGUGGAUCAUAAUUUCCAUAAAUCUAAAGAACAUGGUAAUUUAUUUUCAACCAACUUGAUGGUAAUUUAUUUUUCGCCCUGCACAUCCUUAUACCAUGUACAUUUCUGGGCGAUCCUCACACGUCCGAGUUUCUAGAUGCCUGUCUGGACGCUCCGAUUCUUAAAAGUGAAUCGGGGCCUUGGGUGGGCAUCCGAGUGUUUAGAAAUGUGCAGGAUAAGGAUG